AUGCCCAUUCGACUGCUACCUCUUCUCGUAUUUCUGUUAGUCUUUCCAAUAUUCUCAAAUUCCAUUGAAAUUAGAUGUUACGCGGGUCUCAAAUAUGUAGUUGGACAAGAAGUACUGCAAGAUACAGAAAAUUGUGAUGCGAUUCUCGGAAUGGGAGAGUCGUACUGCUACAAGUUUAUGGAAGAGACGUCACUGAAUGAAGUCGUCAAAAUGGGAUGCUCUAGUUUUUUCUGUAAUGGAAUCCGCAACCGUUGCAUGGAAACUGAUCUACUUGGAAUGAGAGGAACCUUAUGUUGCUGUAAUGACCGACACUACUGUAACUCAAAAUCUAUUGUAAAAAUGGCAACAUUCCACAUUCUUCUUCUCAUUCUACUUUCUUAUGGAUUCUCGAUAUUGGCUACGGAAGCUUGUGCAAUUCCAACGGCUGAUUUGUCUCCAGCUAAACUCGCGGAUGUUCCAGUUAGUGGAGCAGAUGUUGCACUUCCAAAAAAGAAUCCAACUGCCACGGAAACCACUCCACCAGUUGGUAAUGACGUUGAACAAUCAGGAGAUAAAUCAGAGGAGAACUCAAAUUCCCGUUAUCAACCAAUCACUAUAUUCUCUGCAAUUUUAACUGUGAUUCUUUGUAAAAUGGUUUAG